AUGCGACUCUCACGCCUGGAACACCACCUGAGAACAACACAUCCUGCUCUUGCAGACAAGCCCAAGGCGUUCUUUGAAACAAAAAGACAUUCCUUGAAGCAAGCUAAGUUGGACGGUAGUGGAGGUUUUCGGCAACAAACUUCAAUGGUUGUUGAGGCUGCCUAUGAGAUUUCAUUGUUGAUUGCAAGGACCAUGAAGAACCAUAGCGUCGGAGAGUCUCUCAUAAAACCAAGCCUACUCCGUGCAGCAGAACUCGUUCUGGGGAAAUAUAGUACAUACAAGCUUUCCCAGAUUUCACUAUCAAACGAUAGAGUCAAUAGAAGGAUCGACGACUUCAAAGAUCAUGAUGAGUACACUGUGCUUCGUAUAUUUUACCCAAGUGUCACUUCGACGGCAGGCACUGAUCCCUCAUUCAGUAAUGAUAAUAAUACUCGUAAUUGA